AUGUCGCUGCUCAUACUAUACGGGAGUGAAACCGGAACAGCUCAAGAUAUCGCCGAGAGUUUGCGUCGAGAGGCGAACUUUCGAAAAUUGGAAGCUCGAGUUAUGGAGCUUGACGAGUUUCACUUGGAGAACUUUGGAUCGGAACAAGUUGUCCUUUUUGUGGUUUCGACUACGGGACAAGGCGAAAUGCCGCCGAAUAUGCGGCAAUUUUGGAAAAUGCUUCUCAAAAAAUCGCUACCCAAAACUUUUUUGAGCAACCAUCAUACAGCAGUUCUUGCCCUUGGUGAUUCUUCGUAUGCGAGAUUCAAUUUUGCCGGAAAGAAGUUAUAUAGAAGACUAUUGCAAUUAGGAGCCACAAUGCUCACUCCUAUUGGAUUAGCCGACGAUCAACAUGAAAUUGGGGUUGAUGGCGCUUAUAUUCCAUGGAAGACAGCGGUUUGGAACGAAAUCUACAAAUUGUCAUAUUUCAAGGAGAUGCUCGCAGAACCGGAUACUACUAUCGAAAUCGAGCCCAAUUAUCGAUUCGUUGACAUUGGAAUAUGCGAAGAUGAAAAUGGCGCUCAAGAAUAUCGGCAUUUGUCUGUCAAUUUUAAUAAGCGAGUGACAACGGAUGACCAUUUUCAAGACACUCGCCUUAUUAGAAUGAAUAUAAAUGCCAAAGUCGCUGAAUAUUUUAGAUAUGAAGCUGGUGAUGUCUUGAUGGUUUGGCCAUACAAUCCGGAAGAGACUGUGAAAAUUGCAAUUGACGCUCUGGGAUACACGAAUGAAGUAUUGGAUCGAAAAAUCAACAUUAUGCAAAACAGCCCGUUUGUGAAGCCAUUUCCGUAUUAUAUAAUUAAAGAUGAGCCAACGUUGAGAACAUGUCUUCAUCGUUAUUUCGAUCUGCAGCAGGUGCCGAAGCGCUCGUUUUUCGAAAUAAUGGCGUCCUGGUCGGACCAUAUCGAUGAAAAGGAGAAAUUGAUUGAGCUCUCGAGCCCCGAAGGACUGAAUACUCUGCUUGAUUACUCUCCAAGAUGUCGGCGAACGAUGGCGGAGACGUUGAGAGAUUUUCCGAAUACUGCGAAAAAAAUCGCGCCGGAACGCUUGUUUGAAUUGAUUAGCAUGAUGCGUCCUAGAGCUUUUAGUAUUGCAUCCGCGCCUAAUCCAGAAUAUAUUGAGCUUCUAGUCGCCAAGGUUGAAUACAAAUCGAUUUUGUCGGAUAAACGACGAGGUCUUUGCAGCACUUAUCUUUCAAGACUUCAGCUUGGCGAUAAGGUUUUCUGUCGAGUUCGCAAGGGAACAUUCAAAUUUCCGGAUGCCGAUAAACCAGUAAUUUGUGUUGGUCCCGGAACGGGAAUUGCGCCAUUCAGAAGUUUCUUGACUCAACGAAAUGCAUUAACGAGUGAGAGAAAUAGCCUGCUAUUCUUUGGAUGCCGAAAAGAAAAAGCUGAUUAUUAUUUUGCCGAUGAGUGGCCAAAAUUAGCACAUGUCGAAUAUUAUGUGGCAUUUAGUCGAGAUUCGGAGAAAAAGGUUUACGUGCAAGACAAAAUAUUGGAGCACAGGGAUAGAGUUGCCGAAUUGUUGUCAGAAGGAGCUUACAUUUUCAUUGCUGGAAGCUCCGGCGACAUGCCAAAAGCGGUAAUGGGUGCUCUCGACAAAAUCGUUGCCAAACUUGUGAAGACGCCGCACAGUUGUUUGGCAGAAGCUGAAGCCAGCGGACGACUUCAGUACGAGACCUGGUCUUAG